GCCGCGAUGCCAGUUUCCGGCGGGCUCCUUAGAGCGCGGAACAGCUUUGGGCCGAAGGACCAUGAGAGGGCCGGAACCGGGUCCCGAAGCUACGAUGGAGGGGGACGUGCUUGACACUCUAGAGGCACUGGGGUAUAAGGGACCACUGUUAGAAGAGCAAGCCCUUAUAAAGGCAGCAGAGGGUGGACUAUCUUCACCUGAAUUUUCAGAGCUCUGUGUUUGGUUAGGCUCUCAAAUAAAAUCAUUGUGCAACUUGGAAGAAAGUAUCACUUCAGCUGGGAAAGAUGAUCUAGAAAGCUUCCAGCUUGAGAUAAGUGGCUUUUUAAAAGAAAUGGCAUGUCCAUAUUCUGUACUCGUAUCAGGAGAUAUUAAAGACCGUUUAAAAAAGAAGGAUGACUGUUUGAAACUUCUAUUAUUUUUAAGUACAGAGCUUCAAGCUUUACAGAUAUUACAGAACAAGAAACGUAAAAAUUCUCAAUUAGAUAAAAAUAGUGAAAUUUAUCAGGAAGUUCAAGCUAUCUGCGAUACCCUUGGUAUUCCCAAGUCAACAACUUCUGACAUUCCACUUAUGCUGAACCAAGUGGAAUCAAAGGUGAAAGAUAUUCUCUCACAUGUCCAGAAAAAUCACGUGGGAAAACCACUGCUGAAAAUUGAUUUAAAUCUGGAACAGGCGGAACAACUGGAAAGAAUCAACGAUGCCCUUUCCUGUGAAUAUGAGUGCCGUCGGCGGAUGUUGAUGAAACGAUUAGAUGUAACAGUGCAGUCCUUUGGAUGGUCUGAUAGAGCAAAGAUAAAAACAGAUGACAUAGCAAGAAUUUACCAGCCUAAGCGUUACGCUUUGUCACCCAAGACAACAAUAACCUUGGCACAUCUACUUGCUGCCCGUGAAGAUCUAUCCAAGAUCAUCAGGACAAGUAGUGGCUCCAGCCGGGAGAAGACAGCAUGUGCCAUUAAUAAGGUGCUGAUGGGAAGGGUGCCUGACAGGGGAGGACGGCCGAAUGAAAUUGAACCACCACCCCCUGAAAUGCCCCCUUGGCAAAAGAGACAAGAAGGCGGCGGAAGGGGUGGUUGGGGUGGUGGAGGUGGAGGUAGAGGAGGUGGUGGGAGUGGAAGAGGCGGUUGGGGAGGGGGAGGGGGAGGGGGGUGGGGUGGAGGUGGAGGAGGGGGUGGUAGAGGAGGAGGUUUCCAAGGCAGGGGAGAUUAUGGUGGAAGAGGGGGCUAUGGAGGAAGAGGGGGCUAUGGAGGAAGAGGUUAUGGAGAUCCAUAUGGAGGAGGUGGAGGAGGUGGUGGUGGAUAUAGAAGAUAUUAAAAGCUAAGCAUUUAGAUAGCAGGCUUACUUCUUAAUAGAUACAUUAGGCAUAGUGUUCUAAAUAACUACUUGAAUGUCAUCUUUGAAGUAAACACCAUGUUAGAUACCCUGAUGAUAUCAUUCUUGAAUUGGGUUUAGUAUGUAAAGAGCAUUGUUUUAUACUACUAUUUGAUCUCUUAGACAAAGUGAUGAUUUUUUCUGUAUUCUGUGUACUCUUGAGCAUGUUAUGUCUUUUUAAAAAACAAAAAAAAACGAGCAAAAAUUAUUUUUAAAAGUGUAAAUAUAUUAUUACCAUCAAACUUGGAAAAUAGAAAGUAUUUUAUUGUCAUGAUUGAAUUUAGAUUGUUACCUGUAUUUUAUUCAGGUCUGAAACACAUAAAUGACCCCACUUGUAGUGGAAAGGAAUAUAGACUAUUGCCUCAUCUGUAUUCCUGUGGCUGUGUUUUGUGUUUGUUAAUCCUACUUUACAAAAUAGGGAAAGGGGCUGAUUGAUAGUUGUGUUCAGGAGGAAGAUUUCUUGACUUUUUCUUUCUUUUAUAUGAGCAAUUCCUCUGGCCAGGUUUGUGUUAAAAUUCCAUUAAUUGAAGCUGAAGUCUGGUUUUUGCUAUGCAUAUUUGAUUUAUUUUCCAACUGGAUUUGAAAUCUAUAUGGUUUUGUUUGACAGCAGAAUUAAAGACUGAGGUCAGAAUUACUCUAAAGGGACAAAGACAUGUACUAAUUUUACAUGGUGGUGUGAAAAAUAUUUCUGUAAAUUGGUUUCUUCAUCAUUUGUGCCAUCACUUUAGGUCUCCGAAUAUUAAAAGGCAGGCUGCACUGUGCUACACAGGAUUAGGACACUCAUAUCCAGUUUCAGUAGAUCAGAGGCAGGGCCAGGGUAUCCCGUGGUAAUUCUGAUUCUCAGCUAGAUUUGGGAAACAAAGGGUUGGGGAAUGAUUAAAUGUGGUUUGGUGUUUGGAGCAGUCGAAGGCUUGAGAAUCAGGAGUUGUGAAUUCAAAUCAUGGCACUAGUCCAGGGGUGCUAUGGGUUGAAAUGGCCAUAGCUCUCAAGGAUUAAUUUGUCCUCAUUUGUCAAAUAAGGAAUGUGAUACUUGUACCUUCUCAGGUUGUUUUAUAAAGACCUAAGUACAAGUCCAAUUUGUUGAGAAUUUAUAAAGGCCUGUUGUGAAUGGUUUAAGAGGUGGCUCAAGUAAUGCAUUUUUCUCUUAGUGUAGAGAGAGAAAAAGAUAGUCACAUAAAUGUUUUCAAUCCCACUUUAAAAUCUGUAGGCUCCUGGUCAACUCUUGUGCAUAACAACUUUCUGUGGUCUAACCAACUCAACAGAUAGAAGGCUGAGUACCUGUGGACAAAUGGUAUUUGAUAUUUGGCAGUGUUAUUCUUGUUGUUGUUUUGUUUUACAGUAAACCCUGUGGAGAAAUCUAAAAUAAUGUUAAACCUUCACAUAUUGUGUACACCGCAGUCUUGGCCAUGUAUUUUUCAAGCUAACCCUUUGAGGAAAUUUGUUCAGGAUAGGAAAACAUAAAUUUUUUUGGUUAUUCUUAAGCUUAGAUUUUAAAAAAAUUUUACGUGUAAUGAAGAGACUUAAUUUCAUUUGUGAUAGUUGAAGAAAAGCCUUUCCAUAUAAGGAAACACUUUUAUCAGUAGCUAUGAACUCUGAAAAAUAAAUAAUUUUAAAAAAUAUAUACGCAAAGACCACUGGAGUAAAAUAUUUCAAAAAAGUUAUUACUUAAACUGUUCAUUUAAAACCUUUACAUUUCUGCUUCAUUUCUUUUCAGGAGCUUUAGUUGCUGAUACAGGAUGGGUUUACUACUACUUUCAGCUUCUUUUAUUACUAAAGGUUUAUGGCUAAUAAUGGUAGAAACAUUAGUUUAUUAAUUUCUGUAAGAUUUCUUUGUACCUUCAUAGGAGUGCUGUUGGGUUAUCUGCUACUCACUGUAAAUCUUAUCCAAGUUUAGCACUUGCUCCUGGAAUCUUGUUGGAGCCGGAACCACUCUUAUUUACACAUUCCUAUAAACUUCACUUGAAUGAAAAGCUGAGUGGUCUAGAACCUAAUAUCUUAUUCUUUCCUGUGAGGUAGGAUUUUCAUGAAAAUCUUCUUUCAGUAAAAAUUUCUUUCAUAGAAAAGUUUGCUAAGCAAUAUCUAGAAUAGCAAUAAGGCAAUUUGGGGCCUUAAUGUGAAAGGCCAUAAUGUGAAAAUGCUUUUAUAAAUUGAAUGCAAUACAAAUGCAGAGUAUGAUAAAUGGCACUUCACUGCUUCCUAAAAUCUAACACCUUCUUCUGUGCCACCUCUUCAUCAUUCUUUUUUGCCUAGUUCUUAAUCUUAUUUUUUCCUACUACCUCAUUUUCCCUCCCCUUUUUUCUUCUCCCUGCCUUGGUCUAUCCUGUGGUAUCUAAUAGCACCUAUAGACAUGAUCUUACUGGGAGUUUCUGGAUUAAAGAAGUACCUGACCUGUUACCUGGAUUUGUCCAUCCAUACAUAAUUACCACAACAUUACACAUAAGCUCUCGGUAAAAGAAGAGAUGAAGUAUUUCCUUUUAACCUGUUCCCUUGUGUUCUGCAGAUCAGGGAAAUCUUGCCUCACUAAACAGAAAAAAACAUCUUAAACCAAAAAGCAUUUAAUUACCUUUAUGUGUGUCAAAAGAAGGUAUGAUAACCCCCAAAAUAUUUGUGAUGGAGAAUGUUCUGAGGAAUGAUACAAUCUAUACCUUGUAAGGGGCACAGGGUAGAGAGAUUUGGAGUGGGAAUUGUGGGUGGAGGAGAGGGUAGGUAGUUUAAUCUCUCUUCUAGGGCCAAGUUGUCAGUGUGACUUCAUUGUUUUGUAUGAAGGACUAUGAAAUGCCAAAAUGAUAAAUAUACCACAUCCAAGUGUACCAGAAUACAUUUCACCAUGGAAUUUGAGUGAUUGGAAUAUGUCCCUGUUCUCCCCCCCCACCCCCCUUCAUUGGUCUAGUUAAACAAAAGUUGGCUGAUCAUUAAGGAAAAAUCACAGCUAUCUCUAAUCACUCUAGAUAAUCAUGAGCAUAAAUGAAUUGCUCUGGGUGAUCUGUCCACUAGAUUGAACCAUCCUCUACCAAUUUCAUCCAUAGCUUCAAAGUUUCUCUUCUUUACUUGCUAGUUUUCUUAGAUAGAACUGUGGAAUUAAAGCUGAAAGCCACAGGAAUGACAACCUCAGAUUUGUCUCCUUCAGUGUUAAGUAUUUGUAGAUAUAAUAUUUGGGGAUCACUGUAAGUCAUUAUGCAAUAAGAUGGGAAAAGGUUGAAUAUUUCUAUAUGUUACUACUUCAUGUUAUAGAAAGAUUUAGAAAAAUGUAUACUGAAUAAUUAGUUGCUUUGCUUUUCCUUUCAGGAAGACUCAGUUUGGUUUGGUUAACAGAAGUAGGGAGUGGUCUCAGCUGUCGAUUAUAGUAAAAAUUCAGGUGAGGCUUCUAUAUGUUCAUGAACUAGAAGAAACACAGGACA